AGGAGAAAGAUGUAGAAGCUGAUGAACCAGAAGUAGAGCCUGUCCGGUUUGGCUGGGUGACCGGAGUCAUGAUCCGGUGCAUGCUGAACAUUUGGGGUGUGAUCCUUUACCUACGUUUGCCAUGGAUAACCGCACAGGCUGGGAUAGGGCUGACAUGGCUGAUCAUUCUGAUGUCCUCCGUGGUAACCAGCAUCACCGGCCUUUCCAUCUCCGCGAUCUCCACCAACGGCAAGGUCAAAGCAGGGGGCACCUACUUCCUCAUCUCUCGUAGCUUGGGCCCAGAACUCGGUGGCUCCAUUGGGCUCCUCUUCUCCUUCGCCAACGCCGUGGCCGUGGCCAUGCAUGUGGUGGGCUUCUCUGAAACCGUCAAGGACCUCCUGGUGGAGUUUGACGCCGUGAUGACUGACCCAGUGAACGACAUCCGUAUCGUGGGCGUGAUCACUGUCACUGUUCUGCUUGGCAUUGCCUUGGCCGGCAUGGAAUGGGAAGCAAAGGCACAAGUUGUCUUCUUCUUUGUCAUCAUGGUCUCCUUCGUCAACUACUUCGUCGGGACCUUAAUCCCGGCCACGCCAGAGAAGAUGUCCAAGGGCUACUUCAGCUAUAGCGGCGACAUCUUCUUGGAGAAUAUCGUGCCCAACUGGCGAGGCGAAUCGGGUAGCUUCUUUGGCAUGUUCUCCAUUUUCUUCCCAUCGGCUACAGGGAUCCUGGCUGGAGCCAAUAUCUCAGGAGACCUCAAGGACCCAGCGGUAGCCAUCCCGCAGGGGACACUCAUGGCCAUCUUCCUGACCACCCUGACUUACUUGGCCAUCGCCGCCACCGUAGGGGCUUGCGUGAUCCGAGAUGCCACCGGCAACAUGAACGACACACUGGCCGGCAACUUCACAGGUGGGGAUUGCGUUGGCCUUGGCUGUGAAUACGGGUGGAACUUCACCGAGUGCACCCUGGCUGAAACGUGCGAAACUGGGCUUGCCAAUGACUACCAGACCUUGAGCUUGGUGUCGGCAUUCAGUCCCCUCAUCACAGCCGGAAUUUUUGCUGCCACCCUGUCCUCGGCUCUGGCCUGUCUCGUUUCGGCUCCCAAAGUCUUCCAGUGCCUGUGCCAGGACAACCUCUAUCCCCUCAUUGGCUUCUUUGCCAAGGGAUACGGGAAGAACCAAGAGCCCCUGAGGGCCUAUGCCCUGACCUUCAUCCUGGCUAUCGCCUUCAUCCUCAUUGCUGAGCUGAACACCAUUGCACCCAUUAUCUCCAAUUUCUUCCUGUGCUCUUACGCCCUCAUCAACUUCAGCUGCUUCCAUGCCACCAUCACCAACUCCCCAGGUUGGAGGCCUUCCUUCCGUUACUUCAGCAAAUGGACAGCCCUCUUUGGCGCCAUAGUCUCUGUGGUCAUCAUGUUCCUGCUGACGUGGUGGGCGGCCCUCAUUGUCGUGGGGAUCAUCGUUGUGAGCUUGGCGUAUACCACCUACAAGAAGCCAGAGGUGAACUGGGGCUCCUCGGUGCAGGCUGGCACCUACAACAUGGCCCUGUCGAACGCGGUGAACUUGACGAAUGUGGAGGACCACGUCAAGAAUUUCCGGCCUCAGUGUCUGGUUCUCUCAGGCCCACCCAACUUCCGCCCGGCCCUGGUGGAUUUUGUCGGCGCCUUCACUAAGAACGUCAGCCUCAUGAUAUGUGGGAACGUGGCUGAGGUUCAAGACUCGACAUGUGCCGAGAACUACGACGAGCAGCUCCAGUGGCUAGCCGCGCGCAAGAUCCGCUCUUUCUACAACUUCAUCACUACCGGGGAUCUCAGAUCUGGGACUCGAAGCCUUAUGCAGGUCUCGGGCCUGGGACGCCUCAAACCCAACACCGUGGUCCUGGGUUACAAGCAGAAUUGGCAGACUGACUCUCCCCACAAUCUGGAGAAUUACGUGGGCAUAAUACAUGACUCUUUUGACUUGAGCGCUGGAGUCUGUGUGCUCCGGAUGCGUGAUGGCCUGGAUGUGUCACGGACGGUGAAGGCCCAAGUGAACUUGGGCUUUGAUGACUCGGAGGCGACUCUGAACCGGGACAAGCAGAAGCGUGACACCUUCAAAGUAGUUGGCGCUGACACGCAUCUGGAGACUGUGUUCCAGGGCAAGCAGAAGAAGAAAAACAUUGACAUCUAUUGGCUCUUUGAUGAUGGCGGGCUGACGCUCCUCAUACCCUACCUCCUCACCCGCCGGAAACGCUGGAGCCGCUGCAAGGUCCGGGUCUUCCUCAACGGGCAGAUGACCAAUGCAGAAGAGCACAGAGAAGAGAUCCAGUUUUUGCUGAGCAAAUUCCGCCUGGGCUUCAGCGAGGUCGUGGUGCUGCCUGAAAUCAUGUGGAAGCCAGAGGAGACGAGUCGCAAAGAAUUUGAGGAUCUCAUAGCCCCGUAUCGGCUCAACGAAGGCCAGAAAGGGCUAGAAGCCCUGGAAGGGAUGAAAAAGGAAGCGCCCUGGAAGGUCUCCGACGAAGACCUCAGGGUCUACAAGAAGAAGUCUGAACAGCACAUGCGCCUCCAUGAGAUACUACAGGAUCACUCCCGCAACGCAGCUCUGAUUGUCAUGAGCCUUCCUGUGGUACGGAAAGGGGCCUGUCCGAGCGCCCUCUACAUGGCCUGGCUUGAGACCGUCUCCAAGGGCCUGCACCCACCCAUGGCCUUCAUCCGAGGUAACCAGGAGGAUGCACUCACCCUCUACUGCCAGUAGAGGGCAGCGCUGCAUCAGGGGCGCACAAUGCAAGAGACUAUGACGCAGCUGCAUCAUC